AUGGACGGUACCAAGAUUGAUCUAGUCCGUGAAUAUCUGAAGGAAGGGGUAUUCAAGAGUCUGGUGGAUGCUGUCAAAGUGGACCAGGCCAGUAAACAGUUAGAGGAGGGUGCAGCCGACAGUGUCGUGGAUGCUACCAAGAUGGAUCGAAACUGUGAAGAUGUGGAGGAGGGAGCAGCUGAGAGUCUCAUCGGUGCGGCCAAGAUCGAAGAAGAGCGUGAAGAGUUAGUGGAGGGAGCAGCUGAAAGUCUCAUUGGAGCUGAGAAGACGGAUCAAGCCCGUGAGGAUCCGGAGGAGGGUGGAGCUGACAGUAUCGUAGAAAAUGACAGGAUGGACCAACCCCACGAAGUUGUGGAAGAGGAAGCAGCUGAGGUUGCUGAGAAGAUGGGCCAAGCAUGUGGAAAAUUGGGAGAGGGUGCAGCUGACACAGAUGACAUAAUGGAAUAUGCCCAUGGAGAAUUAGAGGAGGGGGCAGCCGAAACUCUAAUGGAUGCUCCCAAGGUGGAGCAAGAUUAUGAAGAAGUGGAAGGGGAGGCAGCUGAGAGUCUCAGCAGCCAUCCUUCGGGUGCCAACUCUCCCAAAUGA